AUGUCCAAUCUACGUAGCCAGUUGGGUCCUCAGGGAAGGGCGGUUUUGGAUAGGUCGCUGCGUGUUCAGCACGGUCUGCAAACUGGUCAAGUCGACUAUUCGCCCCAGGAGCUAGAUUAUGUUAUUGAUGAGCUACGAAAUCCAAAGCCGGAUCUCACAAUCAACAAAGUGUUGGGGUACAUCUACAACUACAUUCCCUACAUCAAGCAUGAAAAGAACUUGGGGCUUGUGUUUAGCAGCUUCCUCAAUUGCCCUGUCUGCUUUGGUGGCGGCGGUGGCAAUAGUGCCCCACCAGCACUGUUUGAGGAGUUGUACCCCGUAAUUGAAGUUUUUAAACUCAUUGCUGACAAGAAGUUGAAGGUUUCACAGCCUACGCUAUCGGUGAGAAGCUUCUAUACUAUCAUAGGCAGGGAGUUGGAAAACUUUGUGGCGUACAACCCGUUUGCCAACUGCUGGAAGGCGCUUCCUAUUGUGUGCGGGUUAUUCUUGUCCAACUCGUUGAGAGAUGAGUUGUACAGCAGUGUAAAUUUUUUCAAAUACGGGUGGUUUUUCCGCGACUGGGACUUGAAGAUGAAAAAGUUGUUUGUCAGCUCGUUGCAAUACAGCUUGUCUAGAACGCACGCAAAAACUGUGGUGUUUUUGAGUGUGGCGAGCUUGGCAUUGAUUUAUCACCGGGACGAAAACGUCAAGCAUUACACGGGCAAGAUUGACGACAGGUUUAUGGUUGAUGUGCUUGUGGAUAUGAUUUUCCUCGAUGAGCGAAACUCGGCCUUGGCGUAUCGCCAGUAUUUCGACGAGAGCCCCAACAAUCCACACGUUGAAACUAUCACGCAAAAGAAUAUCCUUCAGAAGCCGGUGAUUAAGCAUUUGAACAAGUUUUCGUUUUUGCUAGCUUCGUACUUGAGCCAUUUAAAGUUUACUGAACCCAUCGAUCAGUUGAUCCAGGACACGUUGCGCAAGAUUACAAACUUCAACCACACUCUCUCGCAGUCGUGCUCGUCCUCGAUAUUCAACUCGUUCACUGCGUCAAAGGACAGCUCCCUGCUAUUCCAACUGUUUUGGUUCUUUAUGAAGAAUCUCUUGUUUGCAGAAGUCAUCAUUUUCCAAGGCUUGUUCACCAGGUUUUUAACGGGGAACAACAAGUCCAACAUGAACUGGUUCAGCCACGGCGACCUUGCAAUCAUCGAUCGGGACUAUAGAAGCAUUGCACUAAAGACAAUCCCAAACUUGUACUAUCUCAAUUUCAUCUUGCUUUCAAUAGGCCAGGGCGGGUUUGACACCUAUAAUUUCGUCUACUAUCUCAGUGUUGAGCUCGCGUUAAGUACAGGCAGCUAUUUCGAGAGCUUGACAAUGAGCUUGAUCAGCAACUACCAGGAAAUCAACAUGUACCCCGACGUGUUGAACCGCGACUACAUCAUGCAAUCAAAAGUCUUGUUUGUGUUGGGGUUAUGGGAGAAUUUCCUUCAGCUGAAGACAAUCUACAAUGAGAAGUUUGCCAAGGAGAUAUAUAAUGUCACCAAGACCUUGGCUGACGACAAGCGGUACGAUAACGAUGAUCUAAUUGAGGCUAGCCAUUCGGUUCUUUUAUUCUACUUUGCCAAUAGCAAGAAUGUAAACCUUCAGGACUGCGUCGAAUACGUCAACUUGUUGAUCAAGCAGUUCCCCAACAGGAUCUCAGCCACGCAAUUGUGCAUUGCCAUCGAGACCAUUGGCAAACAAAUCCUAUCCAACCCACAUCCGUCACCGCCAAAUUCAAGAUUCGCCAACUCGGCAGAGGAGUUUUUCUUUUUCCUUCUUGACAAGUGUGCUCCGAUCCAGCUCGGUUACCCCAUCACCAAAACUGAAGAAAACCCCAACUUUGUCUCGGCUCAGCCCAUUAGCGAGAUUGGGGCCAACUCGACUCUCCACACGUUGAAGCAGGAUAAACAACUCGAUAAUGACAUUGUGCAGGAGAAUAAAGCCAAGAAACCCAAGGACAAAGUCGUGAGAGAUUUAUUUCCCAAGUUUAAAAAGGAAUACAAGUACGAGCAAAGGCUCUUGCCGGAAACCGCUCGGGAGGCUGCCAUUGUGGCAUUGAUCAACUUGGUUCCCUAUUUCCCCAUAUCGGUGUUUACGGCGUGGGUUGAAAAAAUAUGGGACUUGAUUGUCAAGAGCAAUGAGAGCGAGAAAGAGUAUUUGGUUGGAAUGUUGUGGAAAGUGUUGAGCGAUUCGCUAGAUUUGAACCGCGUCGAGUUGGCCAUGAGAUGGUGGUAUGACGUACAACAGAUUCCACAGCAAAACCACCAAGUAGCAAAGAUGUAG